UUCAGAUACGCACGUACAUAGAGCGGUCGGUCCACAUGGAGGCGAAGGCCAUCGUCGCCGCCGCCGUGCUCUCCACGCUCCUGCUCCCCCUGUUCCUGUCGCAGCGGCCGCGCGCCGCCGUCGUCCACCUAUCCCUCCCGCCCGCCGCGCUACCCGCCUCCGCCACCGCGCUGCUCGAGGCCUGCUCCCGGCUUCUUGACCUGCUCACCCGCCGGAACAUCAUCCUGCUCUGCAACGCCAUCCUCCUCAUCGUGCUCCGGGACGCCGGCCUCCUCGCCUGCCCCGCAGCUCGCCGCGACGGCGAUCACGCCAGCAGAAGCGCCGCCGCCGCCGCUUCCUCACCUGUCGCCGCGACGAGCGCUGCUGCUCCACCGCACCGGCGGCCCCACGCAGCACCGCCGAGUGACAUCGUCGUUUGGCGCCCGGCCAGGGUCGCCGUGGUAGACGUGCUGCACGUUGACGCCGGAAACGACGACGGCGAUCGCCUCACGCGUCAUCGUCGCCCGAAGGGCCGCGAACCGGCGACGGCGCCAUAUGCAGCACCGCCGCCGGCACCGGAGGAGAAUCAGAGCUAUCACUGCCUCGGCGACCAUGUUUCUGCGGGAGCGAUCGUCGUGGUGGAGGAUGCCAACGACUCCCCUGUUUUCGACUCUGAUCAUCAUCACUCCACCGGCGAGGACACACACGACGACGCAGAAGCCCACGACCAAUUCGACGACGACGACAAGGAAGCCCGCGACCACUGCGGCGGCGGCGACGACCACGACGUGGACGAGAUGAACAGGAGGUUUGAGGAGUUCAUCAUCAACACGAAGAGGAAGAUGCAGCUGGAGAGCCUCCAGCUGCAGCUAAUCAUGAAGGUUUAGGGAGAACCUUUUGUUUCAUUUUUUUUUCUCGAGGAGAAAAGGUUUUAGGAGAAACUAAUAGUGCUCGAUCUUGCUAGUAACUACAGUAUUACCAGUUGGAUGUGAUCAAUGUACAAAACGUUUUUGGAUUUUGUUCACUGGAAGCUUAAUUAUACAAAUCACUUGUAUCAAUUUGCCUUUCAGUUUAAAGCUCCUCGUGAAAUCAGAUUAUGGGAAUGGGAA